AUGGCUUCAUCACGGGCUAGUACUAGUAGUACUACUUCAUCUGCUUCCUUCCGCCGGCCUUCACCUUACGAUGUGUUUAUCAAUUUCAGAGGUUCAGAUACUCGCACAAAUUUUGUCAGUCUGCUGUACAAAGCUCUAAUAAAAGAUGGAAUCAAUGCCUACAGAGAUAGCGAAGAACUCUGGGAAGGAGAAGAGAUUUGUCCCUCUCUUCUAAGAGCAAUCCGAGGAUCCAGUAUCUCGAUUCCUGUCUUCUCUAAACACUAUGCAGAUAGCAAAUAUUGUCUCUUGAAACUUGCUGAGAUUUGGGAAUGCCAUUUAUCUGAGGGACAAACCAUUCUGCCAGUAUUCAUUGAUGUUGAGCCACGGGAUGUUCGACAUCAGACUGGAAGUUUUGAAGGACCAUGUGAGGAACGCCAGAGGAAGUAUGAGUCUGAUGACGUAAAGAGUUGGAAGAGUGCUUUGAAAGAGGUGGGAAAUCUAAAGGGAUGGCCUCUCAAGGGGGACGCAACUAUUGAGGAUCAGUCAAAUUUAGUUGAGAUAAUUGUUCAAAGGGUUUUGAGAGAACUAAGUAGCACGCCCUUGGAUGAAUGUAAAUACCCAGUUGGAAUAAAUUCCAGCAUAGAUACACUACUUUCUUUACUAGAUAUUGGUUCCAAUGGUGUACACUUUGUGGCAAUAUGUGGCAUGGGUGGCCUCGGAAAGACAACUAUCGCAAAGGCCGUCUAUAAUCGCAUCUUUAGAAGCUUUGAUGGGAGUAGCUUUCUUACUGAUGUGAGAGAAGAAACAUCACAAGGAAAUAAAGGUUUAGUUUCCUUGCAAAACCAACUUCUUAAAGAUAUCUUGAAAAGGGACCACUACGUGAGCAUUGCUUCUAAAGGAUCAAAAUUGAUAGAAAAACUACUUCAUGGAAAAAAAGUUCUUCUUAUUCUUGAUAAUGUGGAUGAUUAUGUACAACUUGAUGUAUUGGCUGGUGGAAUCAAUUGGUUUGGUCAAGGAAGCCGAGUCAUCAUCACAACUAGAGAUGAUGAAUGUUUGAAUGCACAUAAAGUUGAUAAAGAUAUUCAAAUAUAUUAUCCUGAAGGAUUGGAUUUUGGGAAUUCUCUUCAACUCUUAAGUUUGCAUGCCUUUUCAAAGAAUGAACCUCCAGAAAAGUUUAAGCAGCUCUCACAUGAAAUCGUACGCCAUGCUGAUGGGUUACCCCUAACUCUUGAGGUGUUGGGUUAUUUUUUAUUUGGCAAAGAUAAAGAAGAAUGGAAAGAUGCAUUAGAAGGGUUGAAAGAUAUCCUUGAUAACAAGGUCACUGGAAUGUCGAUAAGAAGCUACGAUGAAAAGGUCUUUGAAAAGUUGAUGAUAAGUUACAAUAAACUAAGUGAUCAUGCGAAAACUAUAUUUCUUGAUGUUGCAUGCCAUUUCACUGGAUGGAUAGUUGAAGAAGCAAUUUCGAUAUGGGAAGCUUGUGAGUUACGUGCUAGAUUAGCAAUAAAAGAACUCACUCAAAAGCACCUCCUAAAGAUAGAGAUGAUGAAAUUGAGAAUGCAUGAUCAACUUCGAUAUUUGGGAAGGAGAAUUGUCUCAAAAGACAGCUAUGGAGACCCCACCAAACGUACUAGAUUGUGGUCACAUGAUGAGAUCAUGAAAGUAUUAAAAAAAGGCACGGGAACUCAAAUGGUUGAAGGUAUCCUCCUUGAAGAGCACUUAGAUGAUUUAAGCUUUGAAGACUUCUCAAAGAUGCCCAAUUUAAGAUUUCUACAACUUGCCAAAAGGCACAAUAACAACAUCAAUGGGGAUUUUUCACGUCUUCCUUCUCAAUUAAGAUGGUUCCGUUGGUGCUUCUGCCCUUUAAAAAUUCUACCAACCAAUUUUUUUCAUGAGGAACUGGUUCAUCUUGAUUUAUCAAGGAGUGGUAUCAAACUAGCUUGGAAUGAUGUACCUCAAAAUAAAGAUAAGAGGUUUAAAAAAUUGAAGGUUCUUAUUCUCGAGACCUGUUAUGAUCUCUCAGAAUCUCCCGACUUCUUCUCAUGGUUUCCGUGCUUACAAAGAUUGGAUCUCACGGAAUGCACUCUUUUGAAACUCCCAGAUAGUAUUUGUCAAAUGGUUUCUCUCAAAAUUCUCAUUCUCAGUAAUUGUAUGUCACUGAACAAGUUGCCUACAUCCAUAGGUGAUCUAAAACAUUUGGUUAAGCUUUCAGUACGUAGGACUAAAAUUGAAGGACUGCCUGAUGGUGUAGGGCAGUUAGAGAAGCUUGAGACAUUAGACGUUUCUCGUUGCAGUAAGCUAGUGAGGCUACCAAUAUCAAUGGGUAGAAUGAGGAGUUUGCUUCCCUUUGACCUGUCUGAUACUAUGGUUGUAAAAUUACCAGAUGAUUUUUCAAAGCUCUCGAGCUUAGAGGUGUUAAGAAUGGGCAUGGAUGAACCAGAUGAUCAGACAGACUACAAGAGGCUUCAACCACUCCUAAUCAGCAUGAGUGGUUUUGCUUUUCAGGUUCUAUAUUUGGAAGGCUACAUGAACCUUGAAUCUCUCCGAGAGCUUCCCUCCACUUUAACUCGAUUGGAAGUUAAGAACUGUAUUUCACUGCAGAUAAUUUCAGAUCUAUCACAUUUGGCAAUGUUGGAGGAAUUAUCACUUUAUGAUUGCAAAUCAUUGGUAAGAUUACCUUGUUUGUCAAACCUGAAAAGAUUGAAGGAAUUAUUACUUUAUGGUUGCGAAUCAUUGGUAAGAUUACCGAAUUUGUCAAAGCUGAAAGGAUUGAGGAAAUUAAGCAUUACAGAUUGUGACAACCUCGAGGAAAUUCAUGGCCUGGAAGGAACAGAAUCCUUGGAAGAGUUGAUAGUGCAAGGUUGUCACAAAUUAAGAAAGUUACCAGAUAUGUCAAACCUGGAAAGAUUGAGGUUAUUAGACAUCAGUCAUUGUGAAAAUCUAGAGAAAAUUCAUGGCCUCGAAGGAACAGAAUCCUUGGAAGAGUUGAGAGCUGAGGGUUGCAACAAAUUAAGAGAGUUGCUGAAUUUAUCUAACCUGAAAAGAUUGGUUGAAUUACACAUUGAUUGUGAAAAUCUAGAGAAAGUUCAUGGCCUAGAAGGAACAAAUUCCUUGGAAAUGUUGGUAUUGCAGAGUUGCCACAAAUUAAGAGAGUUACCGGAUUUGUCAAACCUGAAAAAAUUGAUGGUAUUAGACAUUAGCAAUUGUGAAAAUAUAGAGGAAAUUCACUGCAUCGACGGAAUAGAAUCCUUGGAACAGUUGAAGGUGGAAGGUUGCCAAAAAUUAACAGAGUUACCUGAUAUAUCAAACCUGAAAAGAUUGAAGAGAAUAGAGAGUAACAAUUGUGUAAAUCUUGAGAAAAUUCACGGCUUGGAAGGAGCAGAAUCUUUAGAAGAGCUGACAGCAUUGAAUUGCUACAAAUUAACAGAGACAAGGAGGAAGAUACAUGGGCAUGGAAGACUUGUUGAUAAUGUUGGCGAAGGUGGUCAGGGAAGCAACUCAAUUGCUGCUGCUGAUAAUGAUGUGAUCUAUAAUCAAGGGUCACCAAUUCUGUGUGUUGUUUUUGCAUUGAAAUCUGGGAAACAAGUGAAGUUUGUGGUUGGUGAGCUAUUAUCCAUCACUCUUGAGAUUAAUGCUUUUAUCCGUUGGGGAGUAAAAAGGGCCUACUUUGAAUAUUCGAUUAGAAUUGAGGACAUUGAAUUCACUAAGAGAGACAUAAUCUACAUGGACCAUUUCAAAGGGUUUGAUUGGUUUGGGUUUCCGCUGGAAAGCAAAGUUGCUAUUGAGGAAUUAAGGCAGGGAUAGAU